AUGGCAUGUGGUGCAUGGUAGUGGACGCGUUGGAGGAUCUGGCAUCCGCAUGGAGCAGCUUGGACGGCUCGGCCACAUGGAGCAGAGGCACGGACUGCGACAGCAUGGCUGCUGUGUACUGCGACGACGACGGGCAUGUCGUUGCACUCGAAGUGAGAAACGGCAACAUAUCAGCGUCUAUUCCUGAGAGCAUCACCGCCCUGGAAGAACUGUCAUGGCUUUACAUCAAGUCCAGUGAGCUCACUGGCUCCCUCCCCCCUGCUCUCUUCACUCUGCCCAAUCUCGUACACGUGCUUCUGGAUGCCAACCAGCUCAGCGGCACCCUGCCCUCCUCCCUGGGCAGCCUCUCUGCGCUCGUCAACCUCAUUCUGAGCACCAACGGUUUCUCGGGCUCCAUUCCGAAUUCCCUCAGCAAACUGACGUCGCUGGAGUACCUCGUGCUGCAGUACAAUGGGUUUACAGGGCAAAUACCGGACUCCCUGGGCAAUGUCACCAACCUGGAGGCGCUGUACCCACGCUUGAAGCACUGGCAGGGCGACUAACGCCCGCGGACCAGCAUUACGCCGGUCGGCGAUCUCCCGCUACCUCGCUGCGCGGAGAUCCUCCAGCAGACAAUACACGGCGCGCUCCAACUCCCGGAAUACUGACACGGCGCCGUCGAUUACUUCUACAGCUUGCGCCCCUUCCAGCUUGUCCUCCAGAUCCGCCAGGACGACGGCGGGCCCCACCGGCAGCGGUAUUCCCUGAGCGAGCCCGGGCCACGCGGCGGUCAGCGCCGCCCUCGCCGCUGCUGCCUGUGUCGCGUACGCAACCGCCUGCCUCUCCGACAGCAACCCCUCCUGUUCAGCGCAGCCGAGGGCAUACCCCGACACCCCCACCACCGUCGUCAAGCGCGCGAGGCAGUCCCUGGCUGAGUCCAGACGCCGAAGCGUGUCCUCCGCCGCUGCCCGGAUCGCCGCCUCGGGCACUGGUUGCCCGCUCCUCGCGUGGCCUGGGGGAAACUCCCCCGUCCGCUGACGCGUGCGCCCGUGACUUCCUGCCGUCAGUCCAGAGUGGUCCUCCCACCCACCGUUC